UUGGCUAAAAAUAAAUACACACCACCAGAGGAGAAGGACGCUCAGUUUUGGUAUGAUUUGGCUCAUGAGGAAAUUGCGAAGCGUAUAGCGCUCCCCCAAGGCGACACCAGGAAGGCGAAGAAUAUUAUAAUGUUCCUGGGCGAUGGCAUGUCUCUGACCACAGUGACUGCCGCAAGGAUACUUCAAGGCCAACGGAAGGGAAACACCGGGGAAGAGGAUGCCUUGAGCUUUGAGAAAUUCCCGCACACUGGCUUGAGCAGGACUUAUUGCGCCAACGCACAAGUACCCGACUCGGCAUGCACCGCUACCGCUUACCUGUGCGGUGUUAAGACAAAUAUUGUGGCCAUUGGCAUUAGUGCCGCAGUAAAUUUCAACAACUGCUCUGGCAGUGAGGAUCCGGCAAACCAAGUCAGCUCCAUUGCUGACUGGGCCCAAAAGAAGGGAAAGGCAACGGGUAUAGUUACAACGACAACUCUUACCCAUGCAAGCCCUUCGGGCGCCUACGCGCAUACCACAAACCGUUUCUUUGAAUCCGAUACGGAUAUUUUGACGUACGGUGAGGGCCAAAACGAUCCUGCUUUCUGCACGGACAUCGCCACCCAGCUGAUAACGCAGGAGCCCGGAAAAAACUUUGAUGUUAUGCUGGGCGGAGGAAUGGGCAAGUUCCUGCCCAACACCAUUACCGACAAGUUCGGCGUGGCUGGAGAACGCUCCGACGGCAAGAACUUGUUCUCCAAGUGGCAAGCUGAUAACCCCGGGGGAGUACUCACUUAUAAUCGCGACCAGCUGCUCAGUGUCGAUGCCACAAAAAUCAGCAAACUGAUAGGUACCUUCAACUCUGGUGUAAUGAAUUUUCAUAAGAUGGCCGAUGCCACCAAGGAGCCCACACUAGCGGAAAUGACGAAAAAGACUAUUGAGGUGCUGAGCCACAAGGGCGGUGAAAAUGGAUUUUUUGUAUUUAUUGAGGGCGGUCUAAUAGAUUACGGAAACCACUAUAACACGCCAGCCUUGGCUCUGGAUGAGACAAUUGAGUUCUCAGAAGCUAUUCAAGUGGCUCUCAACAUGACCAAUCCUGAAGAGACACUAAUCGUAGUUACCUCAGAUCAUGCACAUCCUCUAAGUAUUUCCGGCUACCCAGGGCGCGGUACAAAUAUUUUGGGUCUUAACCAGCAUGACACCGACGUUUAUGGAGUUAAGUACGCCACGCUGAACUAUGCAGUUGGUAUCAAUCAAUACCAGGACGAAAACGGCCAGCGUAUUGACUUGACAGACCAAAUCGACGAACCCCUUUUCAUGGCUCCAAGCUAUAUUAAAGGGGCUAUUGGUGUCCAUGGUGGGGAAGAUGUCGGUAUUUUCGCCAGCGGGCCUCAAAGUCACCUUUUCAGCGGUGUUAUGCAACAGAAUACGAUCCCACAUCUGAUGGCGUACGCGGCUUGUAUUGGCGACGGACCCACUCUAUGUGAUAAUUAA